AUGCACCAUAGAUUCUGCAAUGAGGAAGAGAGUUCAUCGCCUUCAGCACUUGUACGAGUACAAUUGUUUGAUUUCUUGCAACUAGCUCCCGAGAGAAAGAUGAAUCAGAUCACGACGGAUCAAGAGGAGGAUGAAAUGAAACCAUUAAUGCUAAAAUUUGAUGAGAGAAUGAGUAUGUCAUUCCGAGAACGAGCCCGAAAAUUUCUUCCACGAAUAUCAUUGAAUGAACAAGUCAACUCGAAUAAUGAAACAACUAGAUUCGAUCAUGAUCCUCAUUUUUAUUUACUUUCAUUGAGAAUAGACGAUCGAGUUUGUAAAUAUACCAAUAGUAAUAAUGGAUCCGAGGAUCGAAUGAACACGAGAAAGCAUCUGUUGAGAUUCACACAACAAUUGAAAAUAGAGGAACAAUGGUGCGAAUUGAAACGCUUGAACAGUAAUAACCCAACGCCAUUUCCAUUCAAUUGGUACAUGAAACAGAGUAUGGGAUUGAAUGCUGAACAUCAACCUGUGUUCGCUCGAAUUGCAAAAGAGUUAACUGAUUUGCAGGACUGUUUUAUCAUGGUGAGUCAUUUUGAAAAUUACCCCAUUAGGAGAGCAAUUGUUACUGUAGGAUGUGCCUUUCGACCAGUUCCAAAAGAGAAUUUCGUAACAUUUAAAACGCACUAUGAAAAAGAAUUGAGAACAAUAUGUUUACAUGACGAUCUUGAUACGUGGAAAAUUUUAAAGGCAAUAGAUGAAAAAGAUGACUCCAAUGAUUUCGACUUUUAUUUUGAAUUCAACACACAAAAUGGCAAAUUAGUUUUUAGUGUUCCUGAUAUCCCAGAGUCCUUAGAGGACUACUUGAUAGAUACAGAAGAAUUUCGUGACGUGUUUGGACAAGGAGAGCUAAUUGCCGAUGGAACUUGGAGAGGUGAAUUAUUAUUGUAUUCGGCUGGCGAAAACGAUGUUAUUGGGUCCUUUGAACUCACAUGUGUAACCUCCCAAGAAGUGAAAGAAUUGCUUCAAAACGACGAAAUGCUAUGCUCUUGGAAAUGA